AAAAUGACAGCGAUCUUCAUUUCACAGCCAUCGCUGACGCCGUUUAUUUUCGAUCAUACGGUAUAAAUACCAUAAAGAAUAUAUUAAGUGAUGUCACACCAUCAAUAAUAAUUUUGUGACGUGUUUUGUCGAUUUACUCGAAACUUUACUCGAAGCAACAUGACACCUUGAUCAACUCAUGUCUUCAAUUAUUUAAAAUACAUUUUUAGACACUCUUUAAGGUAGUAUAGUUUAGUUUACUCUCUAGUAAAUAGAAAUACUUCAGUACAAUAUUUGGUUUUAAAAAAACAGAAGAUAUACAGAUAUAUGUACAUAUGUUUCAAAAAUACUAUUUGUAUAUGUCAUUGGCAGUAGUUACCUUUAAAGCAAGCCAUCAAGUUAUUAUAAUUCACUUUCUUCAAAUGGAAACCCACUAUUUUUAUUUUAUUAACGAAAAGGUUUCUUGUUCGCUAUUUUUUGAUAUAUCAAAGUAGUAGUUAUUUCAAUAACUUUCAAACUGAUGAUAAAUGAGUAAUAUUUGUUCUUAUUUAUAUAUAGUUACCCCUGACAUUAAAAGUUAACUAAUGUCAGUUGUUUAAGUGCUUACAUAUGAAGUAUUCAGUUUAUUAAAUUCUUCCAAUUUGUACCCAUUGGAAUGAAGACUCCUGGACAGUUUCAGAACAAGAAACAUCGAGAUAGUUUGUGAGCCCGAAACAGUCCCACGGAAAUUCAAAUCAACGCCCAAAUCCGGUGAUUUAAGAGAAUGCAAAAUAUGCCAAGAAAAAGUCGAGAACAACAAAAUGAGAAAUCACAUGCGCAUUCACAAGGAGAAAAGGUUCAAGUGCGAAACCUGCGGGAAAGCUUUUAAAGCAAACGAAGAACGUCUUAGGCAUAUCCGACACGUUCACGAGAAAAUUCCUUACAAGACGAAAAUGUGCGAUAUUUGCGGAAAAGUCACGACUAAUUAUCGUAUGCACGUUAAGGUGAGUCACAGUUCGCGAACAGAGAAGAAAGAAUAUGUUUGUGAAAAAUGUGGAACCGUUUUCAAGUCUCAGUAUUUGCUGAAGAAACAUUUAGGCCAAAAUUCUCAUAACGAGAGCAAAGUAUUUCCUAAAAAACAGAAGAAACCUUUGAAAAGGGGGUUUUCAUGUCCCGUCUGUAACAAAGUGAUCACUACUAAUGAAAGCUUACAGGUCCAUAUUCGAAUUCACACAGGGGAGAAACCAUUUGAGUGUUUGGAGUGCGGUAAAUGUUUUAUCAGUAAAGGGUAUUUGAGAGCGCACGGUGUAGUCCAUACUAAAGAAAAGCCUUACGUGUGCAAAAUUUGCUCAAAAGGUUUUACUCAGAGAGGCACUUUGAAAGCUCAUUUGGUCAAAAGACAUCCCCAUGACAUAUUGUAGUUAUAGAUAUUUCUUUUUAUUGUAAUGUUUAAUUGUUGCCUGUGAUUUUUUCAUAUUUUAUUUAUUGUAUAUUUAUAAUUGAAAGAUGUACUAAAUAUACAUCUUUGUACAAUUUGUAAAAAAAAAUAUUGAUGAUU